UUUCCAAACAAGACAUUAUGGCUAAAAUUGUAUAUCCCAUUCUUCUAAUCUUAGCUUUGGCUUCUGUGAUCCAACUGGUUUAUGCUGGUGGUGAGAGAUCGCUUCGCCCAGAAGAAUGUGGCAAAGCAUGUGAAUAUCGAUGUUCAGAGACUAGUCAUAAGAAGCCAUGUUUGUUCUACUGCAACAAGUGUUGUGCAACAUGUUUGUGUGUUCCAUCAGGAACUUCUGGUAACAAGGAAGAAUGUCCAUGCUAUAAUAACUGGAAAACUCAAGAAGGAAAACCAAAGUGCCCUUAAUUGGUGAUGUCUCAUUUGAAAACUGAUCUUGAAAAAUCAAAGUGUCUCUAAUUGAAGUUGUUUCAAUUGCAUUCUACUAACAAUAUGAGAGUUUGAGCAUAGUAGUGCAUGUAUCUUAUCUAUCAUUUUCCAUUUUAAUAAAAAAGAUAUCCAUUGUUAAGUUAUUAAUUUUCAGAGCACACCCUCUUUUUUAA